AUGUCAAGUCAUAACCUGCCACCGGUGCGCCAUUUGCCACACUGGACCAGAGUAGGGCGGUUAGAGAAGCCUUGCUCGCUACGACGCUUACCGGCUAACCCUGAACAGCGGCUCCCGCUACCUGUUAUCAAGCCAGCGGGCAGAGCAGCGGCAGAGACGUCCUGUCAGAGCGGCAGCACGGACCUCCGGGUCGCUUCACUGCAAAGAAACGUCCAGUUCCUACAAGAACAGCACAAGGAAACACUGAAGAAGCUCCACGCAGAGAUAGAGAACCUCAGACGGGAGAAUAAAGAGUUGAAGUAUAAGCUGAUAAUGGAGCCUCCUAAGUCAGGUAGAAAAGGUAACAUGUUUAAUCGACAAAACUGUAGACCACCCACUCAGGGCAGUCAAGCCCAUACUGGACUGUACGUGGAGGAGCCACUGCAGGACACGAGACUCUUGCAGGACCAGGCUCUCAGUAGCAUUGGAGCAUGCACUGAAAUUCUGGAUUCAGCCAGGCAGGACCAUGGCACGGAGGCCAAUGGGCGCCUCAUCACUUCACUGCAGCCUCUCCGAAUUCACAGCAGUUCCUCCCAGCCCCCACGGGCCCCCACACUACAGGAGUGUGAGGUCAUCAUCCGACAGCUAUAUAAUGCUAACAGCUUACAGUCUCAGGAGAUCGUGCGUGUGAAAGCACUGCUCAGAGACAUUGUUUCAAACAAGAAAAUCACCACAGAAAACUACAUCAUGGCUAAGGCCUACCUUUCAGAUGGAACUCGGUCUUUAGAAGAAAACAAAUUACCAAAACUUGGCCUUCAGUCAUUCCCAGAAAAACAGUGUGGAACAUCUCAGUCUGGGGUUGUCUUCCCUGCCCUCAAACAGAGCCUUGUCUACAACAUUGCAGAAAGACAGAAGAGGUCCCGUGCUGUGCAGAGAGACCGUUUGAGAAGGGCUGUUCAGUGA